GCAUUGCACGACAGUAUUCACUGUAUAGUACUGUACUUUCCACUCCUCACUCCACUCUCUUUCUCUCUCUUCUUUUUCCCAACAAAUCAAAAGCUCUUCCUCCCAUGGCGACAAUUUCUCAUCCCAAUUUUACCAUCAAUACCCCUCAUUUCGCCCCUUCUCUUCCUCGGUUUUUCAUUUUCUCUCUCCUCUCAUAAAUAAGGCCAACCUAAACGUUCGCUUUUUCUUAGUAUAACUCUUUCUCCCUCUCACACUUCUUUAGUACGGGUAGCUCAAAUAAUUUCUCCCUUUUCCCCAGAAAAAAAUCUCUUAUUCCCAGAAAAAUUGUAAACUGAAGAGCCAGAACCCUUCGAAUUCCCCCCCCCCCCCCCCGUAUUGAUUUAUUAUCAGUCGGGAAGUGUUAGUUUUCAAUUUUUAUAAGAAGGGUUGAUUUCGAUUUCGAAGAAUUUCUAGGGUUCUUCGUUGCAAUUUGUCUAGGGGGUUUUUGAGUUUGAUGUUCUGGGUUUUUUUUGCCAUUUUUGGUAGUUAAUAGAGGGGUUUUCUUUACAUACAAGUUUCCUAAAAAGGUAAAAAAAAGGAUUGAAAGCGACAAACCCCAGAAACUAUGGCACCGUGGACCAGCUGUGAUUUUCCUUCACUCACUUCCUCAACUCGCACCUCGUCUGGGUCCACACGUCCUCCAUUUCAGUCGACUCAGCCUCUAUUCGGGUCUACUCGCCCUCCAAUGGGGUCGACUCGUUCUCCAUCUGGGUUUGGUGGGUCCUACCACCGCGGAGGAGGAAGUGGGUCCCACCGCGGUGGUCGUGGUGGUGACAGGGCUUUUGAGAAUCAUGUUGAUGAACAGCCAAAAUCCCCAUCUGGGUUUGGUGAGUCCCACCACCGCGAAGGAGGUUGGCUCCGCCGUUGUACUAAUGAUAGUCGUGGUGGUGAGAGGGUUUCCGAAAAUGGCGUUGAUGAAGACUCAAAAUCUCCAUCUGGGUUUGGUGGCUACCGUGGCAGAGGAGGUUGGCCUCACCGUGGUGGUCGUGGUGGUGGUAGGAGGGCUUUUGAGAAUAAUUUUGACGAAGACCGAAAAUCUCCAUCUGGGUUUGGUGGGUCCUACCACCGUGGCAGAGGAGGUGGUGGUCGUGGAACCCACGGAGGUGGUCGUGGUGAGAAGGUGUUUGCUAAUCAUCGCGUCGUCGUUGAUGAGCGAAAUUCAUUUGAUGAUGUUGACGAUGUCAGUGAGAAAUUUGAUGAACUUGAGGAGAUUGAAGAGACCAAUAAAUUGGUUAAUCAGCUUAACCUUAAUAAUCCAAAUACUAUGAUCAACUUUGAUGCAUACGAGGAUAUUCCAGUUGAAGUUAGUGGAGAAAAUGUGCCAGAACCAGUAACCACAUUUGAUGAGAUUGAUUUAGGGAAAGCCUUAAAUGAUAAUAUUAAGAGGUGCAAGUAUGUUAAGCCCACCCCAAUUCAACGUCAUGCUAUACCCAUUGCUGUGAAUGGAAGGGAUUUGAUGGCCUGUGCUCAAACCGGGUCUGGAAAAACCGCCGCCUUCUGUUUUCCCAUCAUUGCUGGGAUUCUGAAGAGAGUUCCGCCUUAUCGGCCACCGAGUGGUAGCGGUGGUGGUAGCAGUAGGAUGGCUUGCCCUGUUGCCCUCAUUAUGUCUCCUACAAGGGAGCUUUCUUCUCAGAUACAUGAUGAGGCUACAAAGUUUGCUUACCAAACAGGAGUUAAGGUGGCUGUAGCAUAUGGCGGCACACCCAUGGCUGAGCAGCUCCGCAAGUUGGCAAGAGGCGUGGAUAUUCUUGUGGCUACACCUGGGCGUUUGGUUGAUAUGAUUGAGAGAGGCAAAGUGUCUCUUCGCAUGAUCAGGUAUUUGGCUUUAGACGAGGCAGAUAGAAUGCUAGAUAUGGGUUUUGAACCUCAGAUCCGUAAGAUUGUCCAGCAGAUGGAUAUGCCUGCACCAGGUUCUAGACAAACUAUGCUUUUCAGUGCCACAUUUCCUACUGAGAUACAGAAGCUUGCGUCUGAUUUCCUUACCAACUACAUAUUUCUCACUGUUGGUAAAGUUGGUUCAAGCACGGAUCUGAUCAAACAAAAAGUAGAAUUUGUUAAGGAUUUUGACAAGAGACAGCAUCUGAAGGAUCUUCUUAUGUCUCAAAAGAACGGAACUCAAGGAAAGCAUGCUUUGACCAUUGUUUUUGCUGAAACGAAGAGAGGAGUUGAUGAUCUUGAAUACUGGCUGUCCAACAAUGGAUUCCCAGCAACGGCAAUACAUGGUGACAAAGCACAAUGGGAGAGAGAAAAGGCAUUGAGAUCUUUCAAGAGUGGAACAACUCCAAUCAUUGUAGCAACUGAUGUUGCAGCUCGAGGCUUGGACAUCCCAUGUGUGGCUCACGUCAUAAACUUCGACCUGCCUCGUGACAUUGAUGACUAUGUUCAUCGCAUAGGUAGAACAGGACGUGCUGGUAACUCAGGGCUUGCAACUGCUUUCUUCAACGAUAAGAACAUGUCAAUCUCAAAGGCGCUCAUUGAGGUAAUGGAGGACAGCAACCAAGAAGUACCUUCAUGGCUUGUUGAAUAUGCUGAGACACCCUCAUCUUAUGGAUAUGGAUAUGGAGGUGGCAGCAGUUCUCGCCGUUCGAGGGGUGGCAAGUUUGGUGGCCAUGAUUAUCGGAGUUUUAAUCAAGCUUCUUCUAACGGCUAUUCUGAUUACUCCAACAACACUUACUCUGGCCAAGUUGCAACUCCUGAACCCUUUGCUGAUGCUACUACUGCUGCCGCUGAUUAUUACAAUUCCCCGGAAUAUGGUUUUACUCAUGGUUACGACUCUAUUGUGCCCAGUGGCUGGGAUUGAUCUCGGUAAUCUACUUAGUUAAUCCAUCUUUUGGCAGACUGAUCUUAAAACUACAAUUGCAUAGCAUUGUUACGUGUUCUCUCAUUCUGAUUUAUGCGUAACUGAUGAUAAUAUUAGGAUGUAAAGUCAACUUUGGCAUGGAGCUUUGUUCAAACCAACCACAGUCCACAAUAGUGAGGCAAAGUUAUAGUUGAUUUUCUCUAGGUUUUGGGUGGCACACUAAUUGGAGGUUUUUGUACAGGUGGUUGGUAUAUUAGUUAUCUAUGUUUUAUACUACUCAUCACUCACUGGUUUGGAACAAUAUUUUGAGAAAUAUAAAAGCUUCGUUAAAUACAA